UUGGUAUAUAAGCGACGGCGAGCCCGGUCAUGGUCACCGUCUUUCGUCCAAAGAGAUCCACAAGCACACCAUGAACUCGCACCUGAUCGUGCUGGCGGCGCUGCUGGCGUGUGCUCUGGCCGGUUUUCACCACCAUGGCGGCGGCCACUACCACCACUUCCACCACUACGGCCACGGAGGUUACGGCCACGAGGGCUUCGACUACGGCCCCAAGCUUGUGGAUGUGCGCUACGUCAAGGCACCCGUCACCCGCAUCAAGUACGUGCAGAAGCCGGUGUUCGGCAUUGUCAAGGUGCCCGUGGCGAAGAUUUCGACGGUCAUCAAGCCCGUUGUCCACGUGGAUCACGUGCCCGGCUGGUAGGACUUUUCGCCCACCACUGGUCACCUGCUCUCGACGCGGACAAUCCUUCCCUUCCGGACGCUACUCCACCUAACACCACGUGGUCACUCUCUCACCGUUCCUGUUCUCUCUCCCCCCACUCAACUUGUACAUAUGUGUAAAUGCAUCCGUAUUUUAUUUAUUGUGUACAACUGCAUUCAUUCUGUGAAUGGAAUAAAAGCAUAUUUUUACCACACUAA